GUUAUCACAGUUGUCACUGUCGUGACAGGUGUCGCCGUUGUCACUGUGUUCAUGGUUGUCACUGUUGUCACAGUUUUCACUGUUGUCACGGUUCUUACUGUUGUCACAGUUGUCACUGUUAUUACAGGUGUCACCGUUGUCAUGGUUGUCAGUGUUGUCACAGUUGUCACUGUUGUCACAAUUGUCACAGUUGUGACAGUUGUCACCGUUGUCACCAUUGUCACCGUUGUCAUGGUUGUCACUGUUGUCACCGUUGUCACUGUUGUCACGGUUGUCACAGUUGUCACAGUUGUCACUAUUGUCACAGGUGUCACCAUUGUCACUGUUGUCAUGUUUGUCAUUGUUGUCGCGGUUGUCACUGUUGUCACAGUUUUCACUGUUGUCACGGUUCUUCCUUUUGCCACAGUUUUCACGGUUGUCACUGUUGUCACAGGUGUCACUGUCGUCACUGUUGUCACUGUUCUCACGGUUGUCACAGUUGUCACCGUUGUCACUGUUGUCUAGGUUGUCCCUGUUGUCACAGUUGUCACUGUUGUCACUGUUAUUAUACUUGUCACUUUUGUCACUGUUCUGUGUUGUCACUGUUGUCACCGUUUUCACUGUUGUAAGUAUUGUCACAGUUGUCACUGUUGUCGCACUUGUCACAGUUGUCACCGUUGUCACUGUUGUCACUCAUGUCAUGGUUGUCACUGUUUUCACCGUUGUCGCUGUUGUUACAGUUUUCACUGUUGUCACUGUUGCCAUGUUUGUCACUGUUGUCACGGUUGUCACGUUUGUCACUAUUGUCACUGUUGUCAUGGUUCCUACUGUUGCCACAGUUGUCACGGUUGUCACUGUUGUCACAGGUGUCACUGUUGUCACUUUUGUCAUGGUUGUCACUGUUGUCACAGAUGUCACUGUUGUCACGGUUGUCAUAGUUGUCACUGUUGUCACUGUUGUCGCUUUUCUCACUUUUGUCACAGUUCUCACUGUUGUCAUGGUUGUCACUUUUGGCUCGGUCGUCACCGUUGUCACAGUUGUGACUGUUGUCACGGUUCUCACUGUUGUCACAGUUCUCACAGUUGACAGUGAUGUCAUGGUUGUCACCCUUGUUAAUGUCGUCACUGUUUUAACUGUUAUCGUUGUUGUCAUUGUUGUCACGGUUGUCACUGUUGUCAUGUUUGGCAUUUUUGUCCCAGUUGUCACUGUUGUUACUGUUGUCACUGUUGUCACUGUUACUGAUGUGACAGUUCUCACUUUUGUUACCAUUAUCAGUGUUGUCACCGUUUUCACUGUUGUCACUGUUAUCAUACUUGUCACUUUUGUUACGGUUGUCUGUGUUGUCAUUGUUGCCACCGUUUUCACUGUUGUCAUAGUUGUCACAGUUGUCGCACUUGUCACAGUUGUCACCGUUGUCACUGUUGUCACUGAUGUCAUGGUUGUCACUGUUGUCACGGUUCUUACUGUUGCCACAGUUGUCAUGGUUGUCAUUGUUGUCACAGGUGUUACCGUUGUCACUGUUGCCACAGUUGUCAUGGUUGUCAUUGUUGUCACAGUUGUCACCGUUGUCACCGUUGUCACUGUUGUCAUGGUUUUCACUGUUGUCACGG